AAUUCCCCUAAGGAAACAGAUGCUAAUAAGAAGAUCAGCAAUGAGUUUGACACUCCAUUUGUGCCGAAGUCAUCUUAUGUUUCUCCUCCAAGCCCCGUUCAAUCCUCAUGGAUCAAACGAUGCACUGAACUAAUUUUUAGGCGUUCCCCUGCGAAGCUACUCGUGCAUGGUGAUGAUAAGGCUGUAGUUUCUCGGAUUUCAAAUUAUGGCAAUGGUCAAAAGCACUCGAUGGAUGGCAAAUCUUUUGAUAAUGUUGGGAAGAGGCAGCAAAGGAGAUUUUCUUUUGGAGAACCGAAAGUAAUUCUUGAAGUACCAUCUCCUGCUAAAGAUAUUAACGGAGUAAAUGAUUUUGAAUCCGAAAUUAAGAAAGAUGUGAAUAGAACUGUCACUUUACUUUCGGAUGGAUGUCACGUGAGAAAAUGGAAAAGAGGUCGUGGGAACUUUAGAAUUGGAGAUCCACUUCAAGAUCCAAGGCAGAAUAAGAAACUGCGAUUAGAACAGCCAAUCGAGAAUCCUUUAGACCAGAUCAGUACUGACGGUACAUGCAGUGCAAUUCCGACCCAAUCAGAUGUAUCAAAGGUUCAUCAGCUGUCAAUAUUAUCAAAUCAAACACUAGGGAACUCUGAAGGUGCUCAUGUAGUGAUGGUAGAUAAAACUAUACAUGUAUCAGAAGUAACUUCCGAGAUGAUUGAUGCUGUCAGUGUCUGCAAUCAAGAAUCAAAGAAUCAUUUGCAUAAUCCUACAGUUGGAAUUCACAAAUUCAAUCUUCAUGGGAACAAAACUGAUCAAUCAAAUUCUCAAAUUAAAGAGAUGGCUAUACCUUGUGGAUCCAGUAUUUUCGCAAAAUUGGAAGAAAUAUGCGAAGGAAACAACAGCGGACCAGUUCCGGAGCAUCUAUAGACAGCUGCCUUUAACAAGUUCCCUCAGAUAUUUAUGCGUGUGCUGUGUCACCGUGAACAUGGACUAUAGUCAUUACAAGAAAGAAGAGAUUGCGAAUCACAUAAGUAUAACCCACGUGCACUUCACACCUUCUUCUUCUCGCUGUGGUUGGAUUGGAGAGAAACAGAAAAUGGAGAGCAGCGCCGUCUCCGCACGCAUUCGACUCAGUCUCCCGAUCUGUCCCUCGCGACAUUCUUCCUCUUUCCUCUCUAGCCAAUCUCCGUUCCUUUUCGCGCCUUCUCUCUCUCUAAAGAUUCAAAAGCACUUUCCUCUCACUUCGCAUAAUGUUUUGGAAGCCGCUUCUCCUAUCAGGCCUUCUGCCACUGUAUCUGAAUCCUACAGUGAAACCUUUGAGCUAGCUGACAUAGAAUGGGACAACCUUGGGUUUGGCCUUCAACCCACGGAUUAUAUGUAUAUCAUGAAAUGUGCACGAGGUGGAACCUUCUCCAAAGGUGAACUCCAGCGUUUUGGGAACAUCGAAUUGAACCCCUCUGCUGGAGUUUUAAACUAUGGACAGGGAUUAUUCGAGGGUUUGAAAGCGUACCGGAAGCAAGAUGGGAGAAUACUUCUCUUCCGGCCAGAAGAAAAUGCUUUGCGGCUGCAGGUAGGUGCGGAGCGGAUGUGCAUGCCAUCGCCUACUGUGGAGCAGUUUGUGGAAGCUGUAAAGGAUACAGUUUUAGCAAACCAACGUUGGGUGGGUACUGUAGAGCCCUGUCAUUGCCAUAGACAUUUUAGAUAUUUUAACGUGCAUGGAUUGAUUAGGUGAUAUUUGGUUUCAGGUUCCUCUUGCAGGUAAAGGUUCCUUGUAUAUUAGGCCUUUGCUAAUGGGAAGUGGGCCUGUACUUGGUCUUGCACCUUCUCCAGAGUACACCAUUCUAAUUUAUGUCU